GAAAUAAUAGUUCCUAUUCAUAGAUUAGUGAGUUCCACACCUUUGACUUCGGCUACAUACUCCCAUUUAUUAACAAGCAAACCCAUUUCAUCUCUCUCUCACAGAAGCCCUCAAUCUGAGCCAAAAUGUGUCAUUGAAAUCCACAUAAUCUAACCGGAAUCUGCGAAACCCGACCAAAAAUGCCCAUGGAUCGGACCCAAUCCAUUACAGUACUAUCCAUCGAGUGCCUCAAAGGCAGCUGCAAAGCCGACGAGUGGACCGGAGACAUGCUUGAAACUGGAGACAUAGUAGAAAAGAUUAAGAUCGGGUCUGGCUCCAGAUCCGGAUACGCCGAGUCCUACACGUCGCCGUUCAAGAACGGGAAGAGCGGGGUCCAGAAGAUUCUACACAACGCAUUCAAGGACAAGCAGACGUCGAUUCUUGUCCGAGUCAGGCGAGGUAGCGACGAGUUCGUGGAAUUGCAGGCGUGUAUUGUACCGGAGCCGGGUUCCAAGAAGCAGUACGCUUUGAGGUCGAUCGAUGAUCCGAAUUACGCCGUCCGGUUCUCCGACAAGACCGAAGCCCAAUGCUUGGAGAUGCAAGCUUCUAGGAGCUCCAGGAUGGUUAGUGCAUUAACCAGGGCUAAGCUUGAAGACGGAUAUGUCUCAUACCCAUGGGGGAGGAGGAUGCAUGAGGCUCUAUCAGUACCCAAUUCAAGCUGCUUUCUUUCUGUCCUCCUCCUUCCAAAGGCUUCGGACCAAGUUGCUUCUCGGUACAAUGACUUGGAGGACACGCUUGCCAGGGCAAAUGUUUGGCUAAAUGCAUCUCAAGCCUCUGGGGUCCCCAUCGUCUUCAUGAAUAUCCAGACUGAGUCCCUGCUUACCAAGAUAUCAGGAGAAACGGCCUCCUCAACAGUGAGUGCUGGAUCAUUCUCCGACCUCUCCAAUCUCGUAAAUGCAAGCUUGUAUGGUUUUGAGGAUUAUCAUGGGGUUGACAUUGGUGUUGUCAGAGCAGUUCGUCUAUGGUAUGCUCCUCUUGUGGGAGAGUUCGCAAUUGAGAUGAAAAUAAAAGAGGACGACUCGAAGCUUGGGUUUGCCAUUAGUCGCACAGACGAGGGAUUUAUCUACAUUUCAUCAGUUAUGGAUGGUAAUGAAAAUGUACCGUCUUCAAGGUCAGGACUGAACGAUUUGUACAAAGAGGCAGUCCGUGCAUCUAAGCGUCUGGUUCUCUCUAGAAUAUCGAACGAGAAGGUCCUUCCAUGGAUGGUUUCUUCAACAGGAGCCAUUCGAUGUUACGACACUGUCUCUCUUAGCCAGAAGCUCUCAUUGCACCGGCAUGCCAAGGUGCCAAUUCUUCUUCAUGUGUUCUUAUGGGACCAAACAUUGGCUUCUAUGAGUGGAGGCAGCACUAGAUCCAGGACCGCGACACCUUCUGUGCUGCCAUUGCCUCCUGAGGUACAAUUAACGCGCCCUCGGAAUGAUAAUCAGAUACUGCCACUACCAUCUGAAAUAUCAAAUGACAGCGAAGGCAUCAACGACGGACCAGAGCUCAGACUAGAGCGAGACACGGCUGGAGAUGCCUCCUUCAGAUUUCAUGAUUUUUCCCUUCCAAAUAAUUGGGUAUGAGUUUCGUUUUUUGCUUACCUUUUGUACAUAUAUGUAAUAUAGUGAUCACAGCAUUGGUUUUGAUGGAGAGUGGCCUUCUUCGCUUAGGAGUUUCAGAAGGGGAAAAAAAAAACACUACAACAUAUGUUGUCUCAUAUAUGUAACAGUAACUUUGUGAUAUUCAUUUCAAUUAUUCCUUAGUUGUAUAAGUUUUUCUCCUCAA